CCUUCCUGCCCUGGCAAAGUUUUGGACAAUGGUUCACCCUAUUUUCCUUUUCCUCGUCUCCUUCACUACCAAUGUGUUUGUUCUGUCCUUUACCACGCCUCAGUCUCUGUUCAGACUGGCAUGUUUUCUCAUUCCAAUCUUCAAUGUCUGGUAUAUGCUAUAUUCUCAAAAUACUGUAACAUUUUCACAUCCUAUGUACGCAAAUCUCUUAGGCGGAAGCAUUUUCACAUUUGCAUUACAGUAUUUCAAUCUUGUAAUCCUCCGCAAGUCUUGUUAUGAGCAGGGCGGACCUACUAGAACACCCGAAGGCGCAACUCUUCAAUCUAAUCAAAAUGACAAAAAGGUCAACGACAAAAUAAAACCAGUGGGACACACUAAAUGGCUACCAACGGCCACAAAACGGCUUUCUUGGGGCACAGCUCAUAUCUUCGAUAGCCGUGGAAGCGGUAACCCCUGGGAAGUUAAAAAUGUCCCUCGAUUUUCAACAAAUGACCCUCAUUACAUACCAACCAAGAACGAAUUUCUCAUCCGUAAUAUUCUUAUCUGUCUGUCCUCCACUAUUCUACUCGAUAUUGUACGUCCAAGUGCCGACAGCUCUCAAAAUGAGAAACUAUUUGCCGACCACAAAAUCUACUUUUUUUCUCGUCUCGGGUCGGUUACAGUUGAGGAAAUUUCAAUACGAUUCCUUACAACACUGGCUUCCACUGUCAUGACCUACCUGCUCUUCCAAGCAAUGUAUUCCGCCGGUGCUGUCGUAAUGGUCGGGUUGGGAAUGAGCCGGCCCGACCGCUGGCGACCUCUUUUUGGAGACAUCAGAGAGGUCUAUUCCCUCCGCCGCUCAUGGAGUAUCUUCUGGCACCAAGGCUUGACUUCUAAUAUUACGGCACCAGCUAAAUAUUUCACGUUCAAAAUAUUUGGACUGCGUAAAGGAUCCAUACUUGCUAGAUAUGUUUUCACUAUCAUUACCUUCGCUCUUUCGGGUGCGAUGCAUACCUGCGGCGAACUAGCAGCCGGCAUUACUCCAGCUGAAUCAGGCACAAUUCAAUUCUUCACCACACAAGCCUUGGGAAUCGUAAUCGAGGAUAUCUUUUCAUGGGCCUGGAAACGAUUCAAUGGCAAUUCUGAACCGCGAUGGUACCAAAAGGUGAUGGGGUUCGCUUGGGUCGUUUUAUGGUUCACAUGGUCGAUGCCAGUGUGGACAUACCCAGCAUCAAAAAGGAGUCAAGGAGAGAGCAUUCUGCCUUUCAGUAUCAUAGAUCACUUUUAGAGGUCCGGCUUGUCCUCCCGAUUUACGGAAGCAAAUGCCAUUCCCGGAGGCUUCCGAUUCUGCGGCAGAUUCAAAGGGUCCAGAUGAUAUUAUUGCACCGAAGAGAAUUGAUCACAAAAACAUAUUCAGUGGGCAGUUAGGUCAGAG